AUGACCUCUAUCUCCGAUGCAAGCACCAAUGACGAUAUUGCGUCUGACAUCUAUUCCCUUACCGACCAGCAGCUAGCUGCGAACCUGGAGUUCAUGCAAGAGAUUGGAUACGGAAACUGGGGAUCCGUAUGGAGCUGUCGCUCUCGUGUUGGUACACCCGCCCAGACUCGGCGUCGAUUAGCUGUCAAGUUGGUGCAUCGAACUUCAUCACGCACAACCCCAGCACGAGUUCGUUCAUUAUGGAACGAAAUGAAAAUCGUUCGCUCGCUCAAAGACAACAAGCACCCUGCCAUCAUUGACUUUCACUCAUUCAUUAUCACGCCAUCCUAUGCAUUAAUUACCAUGGAAUUCCUUCCUCGCCUUGUCCCUGUCGAAGUGCGUGAGUCGAAAGCCAAGAUAUGGUUCAAGUCACUUCUCGAUGGCGUCGCGCAUCUACAUGUCCAUGGCAUUGUCCACAAUGACAUAAAGCCCGCUAACAUUUUGCUCACUCGUGCUGAACAACCAGUGCUCGUAGACUUCGGCUUUGCUGAAAAAUACGAUUUGGACGAACCGAUCCUACGGCCCUCUCGAUCCGUGUUAGCUUCCCCUUCUUCGUCUUCAUCUUCUUUGACACCAUCUGUGCCGAAAGCCCCCUUUGAAUCAAAUCUCGCUUAUGGAACUCCGGAGUAUUUGUCUCCAGAACGUGCCAAGGGAUACAUUCACGAUACUAGAAAGUCUGAUGUAUGGUCCCUCGGUGUUACCUUUUUUGAGAUUAUCAUUGGUCGUACACCAUUCGAGCUCGAGGAGGGCGAAGAGUUCUCCAGCAAAGAGGAUCUUGAGCGAUAUUGGCAUAGAACUAAUAACGACAUUUGGGUCGGAACAUGGAAGAUGUCGAUUGGGCUAGAAAGGCUGCUGAGGGCCAUGCUGCGUCCCGAUGCGGAUCAACGUCUCAACGCCCCGGAGGUACUGAAUGACCCGUACUUUACUGUUCCCUCAGGUAAUUGGCUGUCGUCGCUCUCAAUCGUAUCCAUUUAA